AUGUAUGAAUCAAACGAAAUUGUUGGUAAUAGACAACUUCAAACAGCAAAAAAUUUAUACAAUAAUGCACAACUAUUUCUAAAUGGAAAUAAUAUGACAAUUAAUGUAAGUAGCUGUUUUACAUCAACAAAACGUAAUGGAACAGCAGAUCAAGUUGCACUUGGUUAUAGAUUUGUUGCUGGUACAACAGAUGGCCUAGAAGAUUUUGAUUUUAAUCAAUCAGAACAUUCUGCAAAUCCUUUUUGGUAA